CUAUCCAAUGUUUCCACUCUCCUUGUGAAUGAAGAAACGGAUAUGUUAUUUGUUGGAGGCAGAGAUGCAGUAUUUGCUCUUGACUUGAAUAAUAUUUCUAGAGAAAUAGCCAGGGGAUAUUGGUUUGCUACACGGGAAAGACAACUGGAAUGUAUUCAUAGAGGAAAGGAAGAGAUAAGAUGCCAGAACUACAUCCUCUUCCUCCAUAAGAUAAAUAACUCUAACUUAUAUGUCUGUGGAACUAACGCCUAUCACCCAACUUGUGAUCAUAUGGUUAUCCAUGGGACGAACAUAAGCUUGCAAGGAAGAGCUGAAGAGAGCAGAGGGAAGUGUCCAUUUGAACCAACUCUAAAAUAUGCAUCUGUUUUUGUAGAUGGGGAAUUUUAUUCGGCUACUUCAAAUAAUUUCUUGGGAACAGAACCUAUAAUACUUCGCAGUAUGAGAAAUCCUGUAAGAACAGAGUUUAAAACAUCAUGGCUAAAUGAACCAAGCUUUGUCAACAUGGAAAUAGUGCAUGAAAGUGAAUCUAAUCCAAAUGGAGAUGAUGAUAAAAUUUAUGUGUUCUUCACUGAAACAGCUGUUGAAUUUGAAUUCUAUGACAAGCUUCUGGUGUCCAGAAUUGCCCGGAUCUGCAGAGGUGAUCUUGGUGGAAAACGUGUAUUGCAGAGAAGAUGGACGUCAUUCUUAAAAUCCCGCCUUUCCUGUUCCAUUCCAGAAUUAAACUUCCAUUUCAAUAUUGUCCAGGACAUCUUUUUACUUAGGAGAAAAAAGUGGCAGGACAGCAUAUUUUAUGGAAUUUUUUCCCAACAAUGGGGAAGAAUGGACGUAUCAGCUGUUUGUGCAUACAGUAUGAAAAACAUUCAGGAAGUCUUCUCCAAAGGAAACUACAAAGGACCAGUAACUGUACAACAUUCCCCUGUUAAAUGGGUGGUAUACAGGGGAGAAGUGCCAGUUCCACGUCCUGGUGCUUGCAUUGAUAAUUUUGCACGGAGUAUUGGGUAUAAUACUUCUUCUGACUUGCCUGACAAAGUUUUGCAGUUUGUUAGAGAUCACCCUCUAAUGGAUAAUUCUGUAAAUCCAAUCGGUAAUAGACCGGUGCUGCUGAAGAGAGGUUCAAACUAUACCAGGAUUGUAGUAGACAGAGUCACUGGCCUAGAUAAACAAACAUACGAUGUUAUGUUUCUAGGAACAGAUGACGGAUAUUUGCAUAAAGCUUUCAGUUGUGAUGGGGAAAUGUUCAUUGUGGAAGAGCUACAACUGUUUCUGUCUCCUGCGCCUGUACGGUCUCUCCAGCUGUCUUCUGAGAAGGGAAUGCUGUAUGCAGGGUCCCUGUCUCAAGUGGUGCAGCUGCCAGUUUCAGAGUGCCACCGGUACAAGUACUGCUUGGAUUGCGUCUUGGCCAGAGACCCUUACUGCGCGUGGGCUCAGGCUGCUAAUGAAUGCGUUCUGCUGGCAAAGCAAACUGGCCGUACAGAGAAUUUAAUUCAAAGUGUGAAAUAUGGGGAUGCGUCCAGGUGCCAUCAUGUAGAAAAUAGCGUAAGAAAAUGUCUCUUUACCCUUGGAAACAACGUUCAUCUUAAAUGUGUUCCUCUGUCGAAUCUGGCAAGCGUAGUGUGGAAGUUUAAUGGGAGCAGACUUCGGGCCGAGGACUCUAAAUAUCUCCUCUAUGAUGGAGGAAUAGCAAUAUUUAAUGCGACAAUGGAUGAGGCUGGAUUCUAUGAUUGUAUCUCGGUAGAGAAAUCCAAAGGGAAGGAAUUCCUUAUCGCUGUGGCCCGCUAUGUCCUUUAUGCCCAAGAAAAGAUGGAGGAAGCAAAUGUUAUUGUCACAGCAAAUAAGCGCACUGAAGCGGGAGCUGAGGGGUUUCGGUCUUCAGAACCACCUUCGUCGAUGAACAAGGCAGCAAACCAGAAAUCUGUGGACAGCCACAGAGAGAAGCUUGUUUUAAAACUCUUCGGGGCUGGGUUUGCACUUUUUUUCUUUUUCUUGUUGGUUUGGAACUUCUACAAGGGUCAUUUUUCCCUGCCUUGGACCAGCAGAGAAACCAGCUCAAAACCCACUGGCACAGCUGGCUUAGGAAGUCCAGCACUGGCCACAGAGGGAUCAGGCAGCGUAAGGAAGAGUUCAGCCACACAAACGAACAUAUCCAGUGUUAAUGAAUCGAUGCUUGUGAGCUUUUCUUAGGGAGUGCAGCGGGAACGCGUAGCAGUGCCAGUGUCACAGAGAGCUCCGGGAGCUUGCAGCUCACAGAGCUGUUUGGUUAAGAUGACAUGAUGUUUCCUGUUAAGGAAUGUGGAAUGUAAAUUUGGGUAGGAGUCAGAAGCUCUGAAUUGAAAAUGACAGGUUGCAUUGUGUAUUACAUAGGUGUGUUACCAGUUAUUACUUUUUAAAAGCAAAAUUCCUUGUUUGGGUAGCUUUUUGACAUGAUAGAACCAUAAGAAUAGAUUUAUUUCAAAAAAUUGACACUGAUCCACUUUUUUGUAAUGCUGGGGUUGCCCAAUUACAGAAAUUAAUACUUCAGAAGCUAAUAAUACUUAGCAUUUAGUGCUUUCACCUUCAGAUUUUCUGUUUAAUCUACGAAUAGCAACUAAUUAAGUCUCCCAGUGCCCCAAGAGGUUGCUACUACCCUCAUUUUACAUGUGAGGUUAAAUUACUUGUCACUGACCAUAGUGAGUAUUGGUGUCAGAUCUGGUGCUUUGUUAGAAGUUUCUGAGUCAUCUUCCUAUAUUUUAUCUUUCUGUGUUUUCCUCUCCUUUCCCUUUAUUAAGGCUUUCAAAAGGCUUUCCAUGCAUUUAUUUUUCAAAUGUGGUUUUAGUGACCUUUAUGAUACAUCUCCCCUCUGUCCAAAAAUGUCAUGAAUCAACUUACGUACUGCAUCGUUGUUCUGAAUUUAUUUCUGAGGUGUGGUCAAAAUUCAGACAU